GGUUUGGUUAAUGCUAGACACGAGAAGGAAUAUUAAAUAAUAAAAGUAUCAGCAAAUCGAUUUUAUUUAAUCUUUUAGGAUUUCGUUAGCGAUCUGGCGCAGGCGUACCAUAGCGACGGCUUGGUUGCUAGGGGGUGCGGCGGCCCGCUUUCGACCGAAGAACAGAGGCGGAGUGAUCGUGGAAUUUGGGCGCACAGCGGUUAGCUGCGGAACAGAAAGCGGAACCGAGGCGAAAUUAGCUGCGUAAUUUAUCCACGUUCGUGAGGAGAAUAACCCUCUGAAAAACAAACAGUAAUAAUGGCUGAUCAGCUAACUGAGGAGCAGAUUGCUGAAUUCAAGGAGGCAUUUUCACUAUUUGAUAAAGAUGGUGAUGGCACCAUUACCACCAAAGAGUUGGGGACGGUGAUGCGCUCUCUCGGGCAAAACCCGACAGAGGCCGAGCUCCAGGACAUGAUCAAUGAAGUUGAUGCUGAUGGUAACGGGACGAUUGAUUUUCCGGAGUUUCUCACCAUGAUGGCCAGGAAGAUGAAGGACACGGACAGCGAGGAGGAAAUCAGAGAAGCCUUCCGGGUUUUUGACAAGGAUGGAAACGGCUACAUCAGUGCUGCAGAGCUGCGUCAUGUUAUGACGAACCUGGGAGAAAAGUUGACUGAUGAGGAGGUAGAUGAGAUGAUCCGGGAGGCAGAUAUCGAUGGGGACGGCCAGGUCAACUAUGAAGAGUUUGUCCAGAUGAUGACCGCAAAGUAAAACUGGAAACCCAAAGGAUUACAGCAGACCAAACAGUGGGCAGUACACUCACUGUCAACCUUCAACAAGCAUUCACACUGUCCUCCUCCUGCUUCCCAUUACUUAGUUUUCACUCCUCCCUUUUCCUCUUUCCUUCAGUUCCUCUCUUCUCCUCUGCCUGUUUUCCCUCCCCUCCUUCAACUUUUCCUCGUCUUCUCAUUAUUCCAUCAAAAUCAAAGAACUGUUUACAUAUAAUCUAAGAUUUAAAAAAAAAAAAACUUAAAUAUAUGAUGUAAUACAUGUAUCAAUAUUUGAAGUUAUCUAACAUUAUGGCGAACAGCAAAUGCAUGCUUUAUUUGGUUUUGGCAUGUUUCUGUGCUUCUCUGCUUGCCUUGAUUUUCAAACUUGCUCGCUCUCCUUUAACUCUGCAUGUUUCUCAUGCAACCUCUGCUCAGUGGUCUUAGAACUGUAUGGUGACCAACCAUUCAUGGAUAUCAGGGGCUUUUAAUGAGAAAUGGUCCAAAAAAUCGACAUGUAGUGUUAGUCAAGUAGCUGCAGUUUAGUGUAAUUGAGUCCGUAGUAACGAGACAGACUAGAUACUGAACUUUUACGGGGGGGGGGGGAAGGAAUCACAAAAAGGUAGAUUUGGCUGAGGGUAGCCCAGGCAUGAAUAGGGGAGCAAUAUUUUGCAAGUAAUUGUACUACUGCACACCUUUUAGGAAAGGAAAAAGGCAGACACUAAGACAGGGUUUUAGUCUUAAAUACAAGCUUGUGGUUGGUCCGGUCCCAAGUAAAUGCCAUGAUCUGUUCUCGGCUAGAGAUAUCUGAGGGCUCGUGUUGGAAAACUUCCCAGAUGUCCGACAUGUUUUUCUUCCUAUAUAGAUUGAAUUUAGUUGUUUUGAGCGGUUGCUGUGUGUAGGUUUCAUAUUGACGAUGUAAAAACUUCCAUGUGAACGUAUGGUCUUUAGAUUUUUAUGCUGCACUCCGUCAAUCCAUUCACGUCAUACAGCUUAUUCAGUGGACCGUUUCUGGGUUGGGAAUAAACACACUUAAGCUGUGUACAACAUUCUUCCUGCAAGGUAUUGGCGACUGUGCUUUGGUGUACUUGUAGAAAACUUUGAUUAUGGAAAUCUAGACUCUUGGUGGGGAAGGUAGCGAGGGUCAUGAUGUUCAAAGGCAGGAUUGGAUUGAAUUGCCCGCUAACAAGUUUUGUCACUGUGUGUCAUUUGGAGAUUGAGUCCGUGUAGCACCUGUUUAACACUUGUCCCGUUGAUGAUGAGCAAAACUAUUAAGCCAAGUUGAUUAUGGAGGCUGGUGCAUGGACAAAACCUGCAGGAAGGGUGAUGCACUGUGCUUAAAAUGAUGCAUCCUCGACAGCGACAAUCCGUCUUUUCUACUGUUAUGAAUGUAUUUUUUUAAAUGUAAUUAACUGUUUAUUCUAAGGGCUGGUUUCCCAGAAUAAGCCUAACCUUGGACUAAAAAGGCGUUUCAGUGCAGAAUCACUGGCUUAGGCUAAGUUUGGGCUUUAUGCCUGGAAACGACACCCUUCCUUCCUUUCCUGCUCAUAAUCAUCAUUUAGGGAACAUUUUAAAGUUAUGCGUUCCAUUGCAGAACUGUUAUUCUUGCUAAAUAAACUUCUGGGACUUGUGUUUCUA